CCACCCCCGCCGCUGCCGCCGCUGCUGCCGGUCCCCCCCCCACCCCCCGCCCCGCUCGACCCUCGCUGCAGCCUCCUCCCCCCCUUCCCCCAUGCAGCGCCCCUAGGGGGGCAGGGAGGCAGCGGGGAGUGGGGGGGCGCCCGGCUUCCUGCCCCCCAGCCCAGCCGGGGGAUGGGGUUGGCAUGAAGGCGGGUCGCUGGGGACAGAGCAGGGCCAGUCUGCGGCUGGAGCGCUGACCCCCCCAUAUAACGACCCCACCAUGGCAGGUGCCUCGGUGAAGGUGGCCGUGCGGGUCCGGCCUUUUAAUGCCCGGGAGAGCGGCCAGGAGGCGAGGUGCAUCAUCCAGAUGCAGGGCAAGACGACCUGCAUCACCAAUCCCAAAACAUCCAAAGAUGCCACCAAGAACUUCACCUUUGACUACUCGUACUGGUCCCACACCUCGGAGGAGGACCCACGGUUUGCCUCGCAACACCGGGUAUACCGGGACAUUGGGGAAGAGAUGCUGCUGCACGCCUUCGAGGGCUACAAUGUCUGCAUCUUCGCCUAUGGCCAGACUGGCGCCGGCAAGUCCUAUACCAUGAUGGGUCGGCAGGAGCCUGGGCAGCAGGGCAUCAUCCCCCAGCUGUGCGAGGACCUCUUUGCCCGCAUCAAAGCUGACCCGUCCCCUGAUGUGUCCUACUCGGUGGAGGUGAGCUACAUGGAGAUCUACUGUGAGCGUGUGCGGGACCUGCUGAGCCCACGGCGCGGGGGCAGCCUGCGGGUGCGAGAGCACCCCCUGCUUGGUCCCUACGUCCAGGACCUGUCCAAGCUGGCCGUCACUUCCUUUGAGGACAUCGCCGACCUCAUGGACUGUGGCAACAAGGCCAGAACGGUGGCUGCCACCAACAUGAAUGAGACGAGCAGCCGUUCGCACGCUGUGUUCACCAUCGUCUUCAGCCAGCGCCGACAUGACCAGCUCACUGGACUCGACACUGAGAAGGUGAGCAAGAUCGGGCUGGUGGACCUGGCAGGCAGCGAGCGGGCUGACUCCUCGGGGGCCACGGGCAUGCGGCUCAAGGAAGGUGCCAACAUCAACAAGUCACUGACAACGCUGGGCAAGGUCAUCUCCGCCCUGGCCGAGAUGCAAAACCCAAAGCGGAAGAAGGCCGAGUUCAUCCCCUACCGUGACUCUGUGCUCACCUGGCUGCUCAAGGAGAGCCUGGGGGGCAACUCCCGCACGGCCAUGAUUGCCGCCCUCAGUCCGGCUGACAGCAACUACGAGGAGACCCUGAGCACCCUCCGCUAUGCAGACCGCACCAAGCAGAUCCGCUGCAACGCGGUGAUCAACGAGGACCCCAACGCGCGGCUGGUGCGCGAGCUGCAGGCUGAGGUGGCACGGCUGCGUGAGCUGCUCUUCGCCCAGGGCCUGUCCGAUGGCCCUGGCCUGCCCGGUGUGAAGGUGGAGGAGGGCAGAGGUGCCCCGGCUGCCCCCACACUGCCCCUGGCGCCUGGCACUGAGACCCACGGCACCCUCAAUGGGGAGGCAGAGCCCUUCGCUGCCCUGCCGGGGCAGGCCAUGGGCACUGAGGAAGCCAUGGAGAGGCUGCAGGAAACAGAGAAGAUCAUUGCGGAGCUGAACGAGACCUGGGAAGAGAAGCUGCGGAAGACCGAGGCUAUUCGCAUGGAGCGGGAGGCACUGCUGGCUGAGAUGGGGGUGGCGUUGCGGGAGGACGGCGGUACCGUGGGGGUCUUUUCCCCUAAAAAGACCCCCCACCUGGUGAACCUGAACGAAGACCCCCUCAUGUCAGAGUGCCUGCUGUAUCACAUUAAAGAUGGGCUGACGCGGGUGGGGCAGGUGGGGGUCGACAUCAAGCUGACAGGGCAGUUCAUUGCGGAGCAGCAUUGCAACAUCUGGAGCCGCACCACCCCUACUGGCGAAGUGGUGGUGACACUGGAGCCGUGCGCUGGGGCCGAGACCUACGUCAAUGGGAAGCUGGUGACUGAGGCCCUGGUGCUCAAGUCAGGUAACCGCAUGGUGCUGGGCAAGAACCACGUCUUCCGCUUCAACCACCCGGAGCAGGCGCGGCUGGAGCGGGAGCGCGGCCCCCCCGCUGAGCCCCCCACCGAGCCAGUGGACUGGAGCUACGCCCAGCGCGAGCUGCUGCGUGAACAGGGCAUCGACAUUAAGCUUGAGAUGGAGAAGCGGCUGCAGGACCUGGAGAACCAGUACCGGCGUGAGAAGGAGGAGGCUGACCUGCUCCUGGAGCAGCAGAGGCUGUAUGCAGACUCAGACAGCGGGGACGACUCGGAGCGGCGCUCGUGUGAGCAGAGCUGGCGCCUGCUGUCGGCACUGCGGGAGCAGCUGCCAACGCCCUCGGUGCAGGGCAUUGUGCGGCGCUGCGGCCUGCCCAGCAGCGGCAAGCGGCGCGCCCCACUGCGUGUCUACCAGAUCCCAGCGCGGCGCCGGCCCCCCAAGGCUGCACCACCUGGCCUGCCCGAGCUGCAGCUGCAGGCUGUCAAGGAGGUGUGCUACGAGGUGGCGCUGGCUGACUUCCGGCACUCGCGAGCUGAGGUGGAGGCGCUGAGUGCAGCACGCCUGCACGAGCUGUGCCGCCGCCAUGGCCUGCGUGACCCCGCCGAGCACCAGAGCUGGCAGGCUGUGGCUCGGGAUGUGUGGCGCACCGUGGGUGGUGGGCCCGAGGUCCCCUGUGGCACCGGACCCGAUAUGGCAGGGCUGCGGGCCCACAUCGACCAGCUGACUGGCAUCCUGCAGGACGUGCGGCUGCAGAAUGACCUCAAGGACGAGGAGAUUAGGGCGCUGCGCGACCGCGUGCUGCGCAUGGAGCGUGUCAUCCCCCUAGGCCAGGAUGACGAGGAGGAUCUGGAAGACGCUGGCUGGGGGGGGUCCCCGGUGCCAGGGGAUGAGGGGGCAGAGCCAGAGCCUGGCCUGGGGGCAGGGCUGGGGCGGGCGCCAAUGCCAUCCAGCACUGAGCGUCUGUGCCGCCUCAUGGAGGAGGACCCCGCGUUCCGGCGUGGGCGGCUGCGGUGGCUGCGCCAGGAACAGGCCCGGCUUCAGGGCCUGCAGCUGGGGCGUGGAUCCAGGCGUCCGGGCCGCUUUGUGCCCCCCCAGGACUGCAAGCUGCGUUUCCCUUUUAAGAGCAACCCCCAGCACCGCCAGGCCUGGGGGGGUAGUUUGGACCCUCCUGAGCCUGAGCCUGGCCCCGCCACCCGGGGACGCCCUCGGCGCACCCACCGGCGUCGCAACUCCCUGGAGGGCGGAGCCAGCCGGCCGGAGCCCUGCCACCCCCACAGCCUGGGCUCUGCCCCACAGCAGGAUGGGGGCCGCCAGCCCCUUGGGGACAGCCCCCCACCCCGCCUGCGCCGCCAGCUCUCAGCCCCCAAUCUGCAGGACCCCGACACCCCACUGUAGGAGCAGGGGAUUAUGGGCAGGCCACUGGUGCAAUGGGUGCUGGGAUGUCAGUGGUGGGGGGAGCUGUGGAGCCACAGCAAAGGAUUAUGGGAUGUUGGGGGGGGUCAGAGGCAGCUGCAAAGGGUUGUGGGAUGUUGGGACAGUUGCAGAGGAUCAUGGGAUAGUGGGGGUUGCUGCAAAGGGUAGGAUGUUGGGGGCCAGCUUCAAAGGAUUGUUAGAUGUUGGACUGCUGCAAAGAAUUAUGGGAUAGUGGGGGUUGGAGACGGGUGAAAAGGAUUGUGGGAUGUCAGGGGGACUGCUGCGAUGGAUUAUGGGGUAGUGAGGGUUGCUGCAAAGGAUUGUAGGAUGUCCAAGGGACAGACCCAAAAGAUGGAAUAAUGGGGGGAGGGGUCAGACAGCUGAAAGGAUUGUGUGGUGUCAGGGGACUGUUGCAAAGGAUUAUGGGAUACUGGGGGUUGCAAAAAGUUUUGGGAAACCUGAGCUCCAAGAUGGAGCUGCAAAGGGUUGUGGGUAAUUGGGGAGGGGCAGUUCUCAGGCUGCAAAGGGUUCUGUGGUACAGGGGAGGGUUUGUGGGUCUGCAAAGGAUUGUGGGAUGUUGGGGGAGGGCCACAAUGCAGGUGCAAAGGAUUGUGGGCUAGUGGGGGAGUUUCAAAAAAUGGGGAGAAUCAGGCAGUGGAGGAUCAUGGGAUAGCAGGGGUAUGGGGUUGGCUGAGGAUUGUGGGGGUGGCUCCCAGAGGCUCAUGGGAAAAGGCCCCUCCCCCCCUCAGUUUUUCCCUCCCCCCUCCCCCCCAUGGACAAUCCCCCUCGUGAUCAAUGGUGCUGCCCACCCCCCAUGCUGCUAUCCCCAGGGGGAUGGGGUCAAGGGUCAGAGGUCACAGAAGAGCCCCUGAGGGGGGAGCAGGACUCCUGGUAGGGCAGGGUGUGGGUCAGAGUGGGGGCCUGGGACAUCUGGGUCCCAUAGCUCCGGGGCGAUGAAGGGGGGCUCCCAGGGACCUGGAUCCUAUUGCCUAUGUGCCCCUGACCCUGGGGGGGGUUGCUCCUGGUGUGUGCGAAUGCAGUGCCCCCCCAGGGUCUGUGUGGGGUGAGGGGGCUUGUGCAUUAAACUUGUCACUGCCUGUGA